CAGUUGAAGGUUUAUGUAAAGUGAUGAUGGCCGCGCGCUGGAUCGGAACCGGUUCAGUUCUGCUGCUGGGAGGCGCAACGGGACUUUAUCACAGUAUCAAACAGUCUCUGGAUCAGCGGACUCUCGCUCAGGCAGAUUCGGGUUGGGGCGGGUCUCAGGUGAACCUCACGCUCUAUCAGUACGACAGGUGCACUCAGUGCUCGCAGCUCCGUGCAUUCCUCGAUUAUUACGGCAUUGAAUAUCACACUCAGCACGUCAAAUGGAGCCAGUACAGAUCGGUACCGGUGCUGACCAUCGACGGCGGAGACAGCCUGGAAUUAAAUGAUGCGUCUGUGAUCAUCAGUGCUAUGAAGACCUGUAUGAUUGACAGGAGCAGAUCUCUCUCUGAAGUCAUCCGUUUUUACCCUCAGCUGACAUCCACUAACUUCUUCGGACAGGAAGUGACCGAAUUCACCAACAAAUACUGGGUGAUGCUGAACGAGAUCGCUGUGGAAUCGGUCUAUCCAUCUAAAAGUGCCCGCAAAGAGGAGGUGCGCUGGAGACGCUGGACAGAUGAGUGGCUGCUUCAUCUAGUUUCUCCAAACGUCUUCCGUACGCCGUCUGAAGCGCUGGCCGCGUGCGGACUCAUCGUACGGGAGGGACGGUUCGGUGCAGUAGAUGGAGUGCUUGUUAAAUAUGUGGGAGCCGUCACCAUGUUCUUACUCUCCAAACUACUGAAAGUCUGGUAUCGCUUACAGGACGACGUCAGAGAGGAUCUGUACAGUGCGGUGAACGAGUGGGUCACCGCGAUCGGCCGCAGGAGGACGUUUAUGGGUGGAGACGAGCCCAAUCUAGCCGAUCUGGCUGUGUUUGGGGUUCUGCGCACUAUUGAGGGUCUACAGGCCUUCGAUGACAUCAUGGAGAAAACCAAAGUGAAGAAAUGGUAUCUGGCCAUGGAGAGAGCCACCGAGGAGCAUCUCGGCCAAUCAGAUGCGAGCAUGAGCCUUUCAGAAGCCUUAACUUCAGUGAAGAGCCAAUCAGCAUCGGCCAGUUGACCGUCACAUGUGGAGUUUUAUUCUUUUAAUUCUCUGAGCAGAUUGUGAAAGUGCAAUACUGUAUUUAAAACUAGUUUUCAUGGGAUGUUUAAAGGGGAAGUAACACAGUGCUGUGAUGUUUCAGUCGUAACAGUGUAUCACAUUCACGAUUGAGUGACAUGAUUAUACAGUUACUCUGUUACAAAGUAUCUGCUGAAAUGUAACGUGCAUGUUAUUGUCCAGUAGGGGGCGUUAGAGAUCUGAUUUCUCAAUAUGUGUGAUCAGGACAUCCUAUUUCAGAUUAUUUACAAGAAUGUAUGAGAUUGAAAUAUCUAGUACUGUAUUUACAUUAUACAUUUAUAAAUGAUUCAUCAUCAUCAUCAUCUUUGCCUUAUUUGUUACAUUCAAACCUUUGAUUUUGUCUUUAUGGUGCUAAACGGUCCAACACAAAGACUUUCUGCAAUAAACUGAAAAUGA